UUCUGUGAGGAAAGUUCUAACCUAUGCAAAACAUUAUUGAAAGGAUUAUUUUGAUUUUGCUCAAAGAAUAUUCUGUUCCUGUAAACCAUGCCUUAAAAUUAGUUUAAAGAAAGUUGGCUCUAUUUGUAUUUGUGAGGGUUGGAGUUUACGGUCUUGGGUUUUUGAAAGUACACACAGUAUUUAUCUGUAGAAUAAGCUUGGCGAAUUGCAGAUGCAGACACCGGCAGAUUUAGAAUGUGGCUGCAAAUUGACUCUGACGAGCCAGACAAGAGCAGGUUGCUGUGUGACGGAAACCGUCGGAACGAUGCACAGCUUCCUUGCGGGGGCUGCUUCUGUUUGCCAACCUCAAAGACCGCCAUGAUGAACUCUGCCAUCAGCUGAAGGACAUCUUAGGGAUUUCGUGCAGUUAAUCACAACCUGAGUGACUCUCCAAAUGUCUUAUAUGCUCCUUUACAACCCUUGCUGCAAGCUGCCCUGUUGACAUAUUUCCGAUUAGUGUUUUAUUCCGGUCAAAUGUCAACAUCUUGCAGGAAAUAACCACUUCACCUGAGGCAGAAUCUAAAGCAUUCCGCCUUAGUAACACUGUGUGAAUUUCAGUGACAUAUAGGAAAUUAUUUUAUUUCCUAUUUCAGGGUAAUUGUGACAGUAAUCGCCUUCAAUGACGAUGACAAAUCCAGUCAGGGUGGGAGUGACCCAUGAUAAAACCAGAGAAGCCACAGUAGUUCACACAUCACUUAUUCAUGUAGCCAGACACUUGGGUCCCACACAGCGACAGGACGACUCUGACAGGUUCCCAGAGCUGAAAUUCAAAGGUUUUUCUCUUCAGGGGACUGAGGUUAUUCUUGGAUUGACAUGACCAACCCAGUGGUCACCCAGCAACCAGGAGCCAACUAUGGGACCAACGUGCAGACCGGAGAAUGGAGUACAGGCCUGUGCUCCUGCUGCAACGAUAUCAUGGUCUGUGCGCUAGGCUGCCUAUGUCCGAUAGGACUUAGUUGCUACACGUCUCACAAAUAUGGAGAGAACCUGUUGCUUGCUUGCAUUCCCGGAGGAAUGACAGCUCUGAGGACCCACAUGAGGCUGACGUAUGGCAUCCAGGGCACAAUAUGCAACGACGCCUUAAUGACAUUCUGCUGUGGGUUUUGUGAAACGUGCAGGAUGGCCAGAGAAAUUCGUAUCCGGAAUGGCGAAGUUUGAGCACUUAUGGAAUCUGAUUUGUGCCAAUAUUAUGAAGCAAAACUUUUUAAUAUCAGCCAAAAAGAAUUUGAAAGACAAUGAAACUCACUGAAAAAAAAUAUUUUGUAACUUCCAAACAAAUUAAGGUUAUUAUGUUAAUGGAAUAACUUUGUCGCCUUUUACUUAUCGUUAAUUAUAUUGAUAACUCAAAUAAAACAACUGCAAACUA